CCAUCAGCUGAUUGGACACCAAGAAGAAUGUCUCCCUCAUCUGCAGGGGGACAGUUUCACUGUAAAGUAUCCACAGCCCUCACAUUUUAAAGGGGACAAAGAUGAGCCACAGCCCUCUUAUUUCAAAGAGGAAGAGGAGGGAGAGUGUCUUCUAGGGCAGGAGGAGGCUGAUGUCAGCAAGUUUCCACUGACUGUUGUCUCUGUGAAGACUGAAGAGCAUGAAGACAAACCACCUGAGUCCUCACAGCUUCAUCACAGUCCAAACCUCAAUGAAGAACAUCUACCUCAUGAGCGGGAGGUGGAACCACAGUACCCCCACAUACACAAGGAAGAAGAGGUACCACAUUCCCAACACAUCAAAGAGGGAGGAGAGGAGCCACAUCCCCCCCACAUUAAAGAGGAAGAUGAGACGCCACAGACCCAUAAUGUUAAACUGACCCUUCACAUUAAAGGGCAAGCGGAGGACCCACUGAUCUUACACAUCAAAAAGGAAGAGGAUGAUCCACUGACCCCUCACUUUAAGGAGCAAGAGAACCCACUGAACCCUCACUUUAAAGAGGAAGAAGAGGACCAAGAGCCGCCGCACAUUAAAGAGGAAGAGGAGGAAGAGGGCAUCAGUCAGCCUAAAUGGUUGGAGGAGUUCCCAGUGACUGGUGUCCCUGUGAAGAGUGAAGAUGAUGAGGUGAAAGGUGAAAGUGAGGAGAGGGGAGGGGGGGAGCCUCCAAGCAGCAGCUCAACACAACACAUGACAACAGAAGCUGAUGGAGACCACUGUGGAGGAUCACAAGCAGACAAGCUCUUAGCUCCACUAUCAGAUAGUGAGGACACAACGUCACACUCUCCUGACACUGAUGAUGAAGACUCUAAAGAUGAUAAGACAUGUCACACUGACAACACUCACUUCACAUCUUCUCUCUGUCACAAAACUUUUAAAUACCCAAGUCUUCUGAAAGCACACAUGAGAACACACACUGGAGAAACACCUUUUUCUUGCUCAGUAUGUGGUAAAGGUUUUGGACUUAGUCAGAAUUUGAAAGUACACAUGAGAAGACACACUGGUGAAAAACCUUUUUCCUGUUCAACCUGUGGUAAAGGUUUUACACAAAGUCAGAGUUUGAAAGUACACAAGAGAACACACACUGGUGAAAAACCUUUUUCCUCUUCUACCUGUGGUAAAGGUUUUACACAAAGUCAGGAUUUGAAAGUACACAUGAGAACACACACUGGAGAAAAACCUUUUAUCUGUUCAAUCUGUAGUAAAGGUUUUGCAGAAAGUCGAUAUUUGAAAGAACAUAUGAGAACACACACUGGUGAAAAACCUUUUAUUUGUUCAAUCUGUCGCUUAUCUUUUGCAAGGAAGGGAUAUAUGAAAGUGCACAGGAGAACACACAGUGGUGAAAAACCUUUUUCCUGUUCAAUCUGUGGUAAAGGUUUUACACAUAGUACAGAUGUGAAAGUACACAUGAAAACACACACUGGUGAAAAAUCACAUUCCUGUUCAAUCUGCAACAGAAGCUUUAGUCGACAAUCAACCCUUGUAAGACACAUGAGAACACACACUGGUGAAAAACCUUUUUCUUGUUCAACCUGUGGUAAAGGUUUUACACAAAGUCUGAGUUUGAAAAGACACAUGAGAACACACACUGGUGAAAAACCUUUUUCCUGUUCAAUCUGCAACAGAAGCUUUUGUGACCGAUCAAGCCUUGUAGCACACAUGAGAAGACACCCAGGAGAGAAAGUGUUGAGUUGCAGUGUGUGUGGUGAAAGAUUGUCUUCUAAGUACCAGUGUAAGAAACACAAGUGUGCUGGUGAGAACAGCAGCAGCAAAUGAAACUGCAGGAUUUGAAAUAAACUGUCCAGACUUUCAUUUUGACUUUCUAACAACAUCAGCCCAUAUAACAUGUGUGACAUUGUUGUUUGUCUAACAAUCUGU